CUCCGUGCUAGUCGGAAGACGGGUUCUAACCAUCGGCCUAGGCUCCAGGGUUGAAGCUCGAUAGUGCGCUGGGGAUGAUGAUCGGAAGGUUAUAAAUAUACGACCUUAUCCCACGACGAAGUAGAUCUUUUCCGUAUCAGCACAAUCCAGCAUAUUCUCCCUACGCAGUUUCAAACCCCAAUAAAAGUCCCCUUUACCUAGGUAAACAGAAAUCAUCAUGCGAUCCGUCGUUGCUCUACUUACUCCGGUCCUCGCCGCGGCCACCCCCAUCGGUAUCAUCGGCGGAAGUGAUACUCCCCAGCCAGAUGAGAUUAGCAUCGUCAGCGCUUCCGCCAGUGGAAACGGGUGUCCCCAGGGAACCGUGACUACUGACCUCUCUCCCGACGGAAAGGUCAUCACCUUCGGCUUUGACGCUUUCCAGGUCUACACCGGACCUGGCACCGGGCCGUCGGACAAGUCCAAGAACUGCCAGCUCCACUUGAACCUCAAGUACCCCGGAGGAUUCCAGUUCGCCAUCGUCGAGUCUACCUACCACGGAUACGCCCAGCUCGAAACCGGCGUCACCGGUACCUUUUACUCGACCUACUACUUCUCGCAGGAUGCCGCUGCUACCACCACCACGAGGACCUCGAUCGACGGAGGUGGGAUCUGGGCUGAUGGCCAGGUAUACACUAAGCAAGACCAAAUCCCGACUGCUUCCAUCAUCUGGUCUCCCUGCGGCGCCACCGGAAUUCUCAACGUCAACAACCGCAUUGCGCUGACGUCGAGCAACGCGAGCGCCUCGGGCCAAAUCUCCGACGACGACGCCACGGUCGCCUUUACCCAGCAGGUGCACGUCAGCUGGCAAGCUUGCAAAUAGAUGGGAUGAGUAGGUACCUAGGUAGUUUGUAGAGUAGGCUGGGCUGGGUGGACAUGUAAGGGGGAUAUGAAGAACACAGAGUAAAAGGGGAUGGGGCUUGGUUAUCUGACGAGCAAAUCACUUGUACAUACCUCCGUAGGAUAAUCCAAUUACCCCUUUCAAACUGGAACCAUUGGGGACAUAUCC